CCGGAAGUGGCGGCGGCGGCGGGAGCCCGCGCCUGGGUGCGGCGGGGAAGGAGGAGAGCGGCCGCCCCGUGUCCCCGCCGGCCCCGCCGAGACGGUUAUUGGAGUUGGAAUAGAUGGUUUUCAGCUCUGCUGUAAUUUUACCUGCUGACAAACUAUCACAAAGAGCAGAAUAGUUGAUGCAAGCACCAAAAUGAAGCUACACAGAAUUGAAACAGAGGCCACAGAGACGAAUCUCCUUCCUCAGACUCAUGUUGGACAUAAGGCUGACCUAAACUGAGGUUUUUUUCUAAACAUCAUGGGAGAGAUUAAAGUCUCUCCUGACUAUAACUGGUUCAGAAGUACAGUUCCUCUUAAAAAGAUAAUAGUGGAUGAUGAUGACAGUAAGGUCUGGUCACUCUAUGAUGCGGGCCCCAGGAGCAUUCGGUGCCCUCUCAUAUUUCUCCCUCCUGUAAGUGGAACUGCAGAUGUGUUUUUCCAGCAAAUUUUGGCACUGACUGGAUGGGGCUACAGAGUUAUUGCUUUGCAGUAUCCAGUGUACUGGGAUCACCUUGAGUUCUGUGAUGGAUUCAGAAAACUGUUAGACCACCUUCAGCUGGAUAAAGUUCACCUUUUUGGAGCUUCUCUGGGAGGCUUUCUGGCUCAAAAAUUUGCUGAAUACACACACAAAUCUCCCAGAGUUCAAUCUCUGAUCUUGUGCAAUUCCUUUAGUGACACUUCUAUCUUCAAUCAGACAUGGACAGCAAACAGCUUUUGGCUGAUGCCUGCUUUCAUGCUGAAAAAAAUUGUCCUUGGGAAUUUUGCAUCUGGUCCUCUAGAUCCUGAAAUGGCCGAUGGGAUUGAUUUCAUGGUGGACAGGCUGGAGACUCUGGGCCAGAGUGAGCUCGCUUCCAGACUUACCCUCAACUGCCAGAACUCCUAUGUAGAGCCUCAUAAAAUUCGAGACAUCCCCGUGACCAUUAUGGAUGUGUUUGACCAAAGCGCACUUUCCACUGAAGCAAAAGAAGAAAUGUACAAGCUUUAUCCUAAUGCCAGAAGAGCUCAUCUCAAAACAGGAGGCAACUUCCCCUAUCUCUGCAGGAGUGCUGAAGUCAACCUAUACAUUCAAAUCCAUCUGCUGCAGUUCCACGGUACCCGCUACGCAGCCAUCGAUCCCUCCAUGGUCAGUGCAGAAGAGCUGGAAGUCCAAAAGAUCAGUCUUCACGCCAGCCACGAGCCAGAGGAGCAGUAGGUUUUGAGGAAAACGAGGUGGUCCUUCCUGUGUACAAUCAACUGUUCCCACUCUGCCUUGUCCCUUGCGUUAGCCGACUAUCACUGUGUGAUUCCAGCAGGAUCCGUCAUUAGUGAAGUACCCGCGGGCAGCAGCCAGCAGCGCCAUGGGAUAGAGCUGUUUUAGUCUUGGAAUUCAAGUACCUUUGAAGACUACAGUUUUAAAAACAAAGACAGUUUUGCUACCAAAGUCUUCACUAUCAUGUUCUUAAGCAGAACAAGAUUUCUUUUUAUAUUUUCCACUCAGCUGUAUAUAUUGCCCUCACCUGCAGAUCACGCACUUCGAGUCUGACGGGUAUUUUUGUUGACUGUUUGGUUUGGAAGAUGUUGAAGUGCCAACGUCGCCAUCACUUAUUUGCGUAUUGCGUUGCAUUGUAACUUAGUUUCUAUUUGAAAUAAAGCAUUUGGAUUUUUAA